ACCAUCGCUCCUGACGCGUCGACUCUUUGGCGGUCCUGGCACGAUCGGCCGUCUGACGACAGUCGGUCCCAGUGUGUGCCAGGCAGGCGUCGUCGCAACUGAGCAGCCAGUGCGACAAGAGGUGGCGGCUGCGGACAAGCGGUAGGCGCAUCACGCCGCAGUCCGGAUCAGUCGCGACAAACGAGUUCCCCGCAAAGGAAGCUUCUCCGACUCCAUUUGUGUCCGUGCUCCGCUCAUUGAUGGCUCCGAAGCUCAAAGCUGCUUGCCGGCGGGAGGCCGUGCACCAGUCUCCCUGUCUCUCCCCGCCAUCCGAUCCCUGGACGCUCCUUUACUCUACCCACCAUCACUGCUCCCUGCGCUGGCGCUCAGUCCCUCUAACGGCGACGACUUCAUUACCACUCGCGCCGCACGCCGGCACCCCCUCACACCUAUGCACGCGCACAACCGCUCCCGCUCAGUCCCCAACGCGGGCGAUGUGGCGUACUCAAACUCGAUAGAACGCGUAGACACGAAUCUCUCCACCUUCACCACAGACUCGCGCGCCAGCCUCGUCGCGAACCGUGGCAGCCGCGCGCGCGCCUCCGCCCUUCCGUUCCACCGCGAGGCGCCCGGUGCAGCCGCAGACAGACGUUAUCGGACGUGGACAGAGACGUUCCACGAAGCCUUCGCUGGCUGGCGGCUGCUCGUCCUCGGCUCUUGGUUGAACUUGUUGCUAUUUAUUGUACCCAUAGCCUGGACCGUCAGCGUCCUCCUCCCCGAAUCUCAUGCCUUGGUCUUCGCCACCUCCAUCCUCGCCCUCAUUCCACUGGUUAGACUCCACGAUCUCGCCAUCACCCAAGUAUCCCGCCGAAUUGGUGGCGCGAACGCCGGGCUCUUGCAUGCCACCAUGGGAAACAUGGUUGAGAUAGUAGUCGGCUUCACCGCGCUGCGCAACUGCGAGCUCACCGUCGUCCAAUCAUCCUUGAUCGGGUCCAUUCUUAGCAAACUGCUGCUCGUCUUGGGACUCUGUUUCUUCGCGGGUGGCAUCAGGUUCGCGGAGCAGGGCUUCGAUCCGACGGCGACCCAGAUCCAUUCAUCGUUGCUGAGUAUUGGUGUGGGAGGCAUCCUCCUUCCGGCCGUCUACCACUUCGCGCUCAGCGGGGAGAUUGACGAUAGCUCGGAAUGGCAGAAGCUGAAUAUCAUGUACAUGAGCCAUGGGGUGUCGAUGGUGCUGAUAUCGGUGUACAUUUGCUACAUGGUAUUCCAGCUCUACUCCCAUCGACAUCUCUACGAAGACAACCGCGUUCCGAGCCACAAGCAUGUUGUCAAGCCUCCCCCUAGUCUCGUUAAGUUGCGCAAGGCCGCCAAUGCGAGCCUGUCCCUGAAGGCGUCGAUGUCGAACCUCAAUCUCGCCGGGAAGGCAUCCCAGUCGCAGGAGAAGCUGGGGUCUUAUCCAUCUGUCCCGCCAGGACUGGAGCGCUCGCCGACGCCGGGGCGAGAGUCUCCCCUGGGCACCCCGCCGCGUAGCCGUAGCCGUAGUCGCUCCCCGGGCCUUCGCUCGAUCUAUCUGGGGUCCCAGACACCACCUAACGGCGCGCACGGCCAGAUUCCAGCGAGCGGGACCGCAUCCAGCAUCUCCAUCCUCCCCGGCGGCGAAACGGUGCGUUUGGUCGAGCUGCCGCCCCUGAGGCGCGAGGAUACGACGCUCUCGUCGGGCCCGGGCAUGCCAUGGACGGACAGCUACCCCGACGUGUACGACUCGCGCGCGCCGAGCCCUGCGGGGACGGUCGCGGAGCCGGAGGCGCAGAAGGCGCCCAAGGUGCCCCCGCCGCAGCUGAGCUGGUUCCUGACGCUGAGCACGCUGACGCUCGUGACGAUCGCGGUGUCGGUGACGGCGGACUGGCUGGUGGAGAGCAUGAACGGUGUCUCCGAUGUGAUCAGUAAGGAGUGGGUCGCGCUAAUUUUGCUGCCGGCGGUGACGAGUUUGGCGGAGUGCUUGACAGCAGUGACUGUGUCCGUCAAGGAUCAGCUCGAGCUGAGUGUCAGCGUUGCCGUUGGGUCGACGAUUCAAACUGUACUCUUCGUCAUCCCGCUCAUGGUCGUCUCCGCAUGGGCCAUGGAGAAGCCGCUCAGUCUACUCUUUGACCCUUUCAUGUCCCUCGUCUUAUACCUUUCCGUGCAGACGAUGGGAUUCGUGGUUGCGGACGGGAAAUCGAACUGGAUGGAAGGCGUCAUCCUCAUCUCAUUCUACGUUAUUGUCGCCGUCUCGUACUGGUUCUAUCCAGGCUCCACCUUCGCCUCGUCCCUCGCUGUCUGCCACGUCAACUAGACUGGUACUGUGUCACGCCCUAUCGCCCUUGCCCAUCGCCCGUCGUGUCGCUUUGCUCUGGAAUCGCCUAUGCAUAUACUAUCAGUACGCACUGCCACAUAUUGUCCCCUGCCUACUCGGGCCACUGCUAUACAUAUACCUACUUCCCUCUACCUCUUCCCCAGCCCCCAUUGUACAUCUGAACAUCAUCACACGUCUGCUGUCGUGACAUGGACACACACACCUUUUGCACAACUUAGACACGGACAUUCGUAUAUACCUUUACGACUUCUCCGGAUCUCAUUCCCGUUUUCUCCCCUUUUAUUACUAUCCCCUCGGCCCAUCACGCAGGUUCAUGAAGAUAGAAGUUCGCCGUACAUUAACUUUAUUGCCCAGUUGUCGAGAGAGACGCGCGGCCUGCCACUCGUUUGUAACUGUACAUACUAAACGCUCGGUCAAUUGACUUGUCUAGGCG